AUGGUUAGCUGUGCCAGUGAAGCAGACGCACGCCAUGAUGAGGUAUAUAGGCAGCUGCUGAGCAACGGCUGCAGGCAAACAGCAGCAGCAGCAGCAGAAGCAGCAGCAGCAUCUGUCCCGGCUCUUACCCAGCAGCAGCAGCAGCAGCAGCAACGGCUGCUGCUGCAGCAGCAGCAGCAGCAGCAGCAGCAGUCUUUGGUCAUCGAAGGGACCUUCACUGCUAGCUGCUGCCCCUCACCAGCAGGCAGCAGCCCGAGGAGCCCUCUUUCUAUAAACAAAGCAGCAGCAGCAGCAGCAGCAGCAGCAGCAGCAGCAACAGCAGCAACAGCAGCAGCAGCAUCUGCUGGAGCAGCGCAAAAGUCGAAGCUGCAGCAGCAGCAGCAGCAGCAACAGCAGCAGCAACGCCAGUGGCAGCAGCAGCUAGCACACGAAACGGAAAGGCUGUCUCCUAGACCCCCAGCAGCAGCAGCAGCAGCAACAAAAGCGCAGCAGCAGCAGCAGCAGCAGCAGCAGCAGAUAGAUACACCUCUCUCUACUUGCUCUCGCCAGCUAGUUCUGGAUUCCGUGCUGCGGCAGCAGCAGCAGCAGCAGCAGCAGCAGCUAGAGCAGCAGCGCAACCAGCAGCUGCUGCAGCAGCAGCAACAGAAGCUAGAAGAAAUCCAAAAGCAGCAGCAGCAGCAGCAGCAGCAGCAGCAGCAGCUAGCAGCAAAUGCAUGCUCAAGGCCGCCGGGCCCCGCCUCUCUUCUCUUAGCAGAAUGCAGGCCCCCCCUGCGGCAGCAGCAGCAGCAGCAGCAGCAGCAGCAGCGGUAUUUCCAGCAUCAGCAGCAGCACCAGCUCUGCCCUACGUACUGCUCUUACCCGCUGCCGCAGCAGCAGCUGCUGCCGCAGCCGCAGCAGCAGCUGCAGCAGCAGCAGCAGCAGCAGCAACCAAUGAUGAAAGACAAUGCCCCUUUUUUAGCUGCAGCAGCACCAACAGCAGAGCAACCAAUGAUGAAAGACAAUGCCCCUUUUUUAGCUGCAGCAGCACCAACAGCAGCAGCAGCAGCAACAGCAGCAGCAGCAGCAGCAGCAGCAGCAGAUCCCAAUCUUCGCCAGCUUCCCCUUCUUGCAGGCGGGACUCUGCUGCAGCAGCAGCAGCAGCAGCAGCAGCAGCAGCAGCAGCAGCAGCAGCAAUUAUUGCUUCAGCUGCAGCAGCAACAGCAGCAGCAGCAGCAGCCUUUUUUUGUUCAGCAGCAAAUGCUGCUGCAGCAGCGUAACAUACCAAUGCUGGGUCGAAGCAGCAGCAGCAGCAACAUCAUCAACAGCAGCAGCAACAGCAACAGCAGCAGCAGCAGCAGCAGCAGCAGCAGCAGCAGCAUGAACCUUGAUGCCCAAGCUUAUAUGCUGAGGGUUUAUUUGUUAGAUUGCAGCAACAAAAUAGAAAUAAUAAGGAGAGCCAUUCUCUCGGAGUUAUUGAGAGAUGCUUUUAGCUGCUGGGUUAUACACACCAAGUUUCCGCGGGUUAAGGGUUUAUGGGAUAAGAAGGUUUUAAGAGAGCAGCAGCAGCUGCAGCGGCUGCAGCAGAAAGCAGAAGAGGCGCAGCAAAACCACUCUGCUGAUGCAGCACAAACCGCUGUAACAGAGGGGAGAGUGGGGGCCCCGCUGCCGAGCCUAGAGGAGAUAGAGGAAACACAGCUGCAGCUGCAUCACCAAGCGCAUCGAUUGAGGGCAGCUCUCGGGGGUUUAAUACUGCAGCAGCUGCUGCGGCGGCUAGCAGCAAAGCAGCAGCAAGCAGCAGUUAUUCGUCUCCGCUCUGGGGGGCCCUCAGAAGGCCAGCUCCUCAAUCUUGCGGUACAAACCUUCCCCAAGUAA